AUAGAACUGACAGCACAAUAAGGUAAACAAGUAGGAUGAUAUCAUGUGUCUAAAAACAGAAUUGAGAAAUGGUAUAAAGGUCAGUGUGUCAGUUGAUAGCUGACAGUUAAGAAGAGAAUACUCUUGGAAAAACAGCAGCAGAGGGAGUCUUGACCUGUCACAGGAGUUGAGCAGAGAGAGAGAAGAACUGCUGCCAUCAACUUCCUGUGGAGACUGAUCACCUGCACAGAACGUUGCCAACUCAGCUUCACCACUAAUUGGAGAUGUGCAGUAGCACAGAGAGAGAGCGAGCACAGGAGAGACAUUGCAGCAUAGGCAGUAAAUGGAGAAAGUCUGUCAGACAAAGCAUGAAAGAUGGAGAGUUCAAAUACAAUCAUCCACAAGCCUUUGAGAGCAAGAAAAACAAUGACUCCAAGUAGUCGAAAACAAGUGGAAAUGCUGAGUAAAACAAAGAAUAUUUCAGGACAAGGAAAGAUUCUAAAUGGCUUGCAUACUGAGGAUCACCAUGUUCAGUUAAAUACGGUGGACAUAAACUGCAGAAGUAAUGAUUCUGGAACAGGAAGCUCACUAACUGAGUCAAAAACAGAUACGUUCCCUGAAAAAAGUGAAAUGUUACCUCAAAAAAUAACAGCCUCAAUACAGGGGUUCAGUGUUAACUCAAAAGUAAAUGAAGAAGUAAAACAAUGUUCUUAUGACAAAAAUUUUGAUCAAAACUGUCAAGAAGAAUCCCAAGAACCUCUCCAUGAGAAAUCUUGUAACAAAAACUCUGAUGCAAAACAGUUCCUAAAUGCUGGGUGUUUACAAGAUAUACUGCAUAAAUGGUAUGAAAAUGAACUAAAUACACCAUCCUCCAAGCCAGUUGAAGUGCAUUUGUAUUCAAAACCAAAUAACCUACCUGUUGACCAGUUAAAAGAGAAUGCUUGUUUAGACGAUCCAAUUAAUAGUGAUUCUGGGGAUGAAAAAAGAACUAACAAGAUUAUUCCUAUUUUAGAAAAGAUAGACACAACAACAGAAAUAAAUAGUGCAAUAGAAGAGGUUAUUCCCAUAUUAAAAAAGGUAGACGUGAUAUCUGAUUCAAAUGAUGUGAAGCACAAAUAUAACCUUACUAAUUCAGUUACCCCCACACUGCCUGGGACAGAUAGACUAGCUGAUGGUUCGGAGAGUAAAACAUCCUAUGGAAAUGGUAGUCCAAAUAUUUCACCAGAUGUGGAAGCUGCUGUUAUGCUGCAGGAUACAUCGCCUGGAUAUAGUAUUGGUGACAAUGUUCAAAGGAAGAGGGUAUGUUCAGAAAGCAAGGAAGACAGUUAUUGUAAACGCUUCAAAACUGCUGAUGAAAACAAAAAAGAGAAUAUUUGUACAGUGCCAGAAAAAGAGGAAAAAUUUUUGGGAAAGGUCAAACACUUGAUUCAAAAGCGUGUGGAUAUUUUAAAUAAUGAUGUCUUUAACCAUAAACUGGAAAGUUUAAAUGGAAGAGUUGAUCAAACACAAUGUCGAAAAAAACAUGAAGAAAUAGCUAUUACAUUUCUAAAGAAAGUGUCUAAGCUUGAGAGACGUAUUAAUACUGUGAUAGCAUUUCAGAAGAAAAUAUUAUCGAAAAUGGUCACUAGUAAGGCAAAUCUUCCAGGUGCAAACUCGCAAAAUGCGAUACUUAAUCGAACCAAAUCUGUUCCACCACUUCCUGAUAACAUAAAUGGACAAUCAGUUUCUUCAGUUAAACAUUUAUCAUCAUCCCAUAGACAAACUGGUUCCACUUCUGAAUCUGUUGCAGAAGAAAAUGUAAGGCAGGAGGGGCAGACCCAGAGAUUGUUCUGUAUUGAUACAGUCACAGGAGGUGAAAAUAUCAGCUCUGAUGAAGUUAUACUGAUUUCUGUGGAAAGCAGAAAUUCAACAACAGUAACAACUGCAAACAAUUCAGAUAUUCAAAAAAAACUAGUUUCUACACAAGCAGAAAUUUCCACUAAAGCUCAAUCCAAAAACAAGUGCACUGAAGAAAAAACAAAAUCUGCAGUGAUUGAUCUAACAGAAGAAGAAAAGCACAAUUUUGAUAAAGGUCAAGACCUGGAUGGAAGAACUCAGGGUGCUGCAGGAAACAGUAUUAGUGGCUGGCUUGGUAAGUUAAAAGAAGACCAAAAUUCUGUGUCAAACAAAAGUAAUUCAAAGAAAGCAAGCCUCAAAUCAAAUCGCCUUGAGCCACCAGCACAAGCAUCACAUCAGGUUCUUGAACAGUUUCCACAUCCUCCUCCGCUACCAAGGAUACCUCCAUACCCAGAACUCAAGGAUGGAUUCAGAGACACUGUGCCACCUCAGAAGCCUGAACUAAAACUGGCUCAGGUGCAAAAUCCAAAAGGUAUUGCACUCUCAUGGACUGUUACAGAGAUUGAUCCCAAGUGCGCUCCUGUAGAGAGCUAUCACUUGUUCAUAUACCAUGAACACUCCAAUAACAGUACUGUACCACACUGGAAGAAAAUAGGAGAAAUAAAGGCUUUGCCCCUACCAAUGGCUUGUUCUUUAUCACAAUUUACAGCCUCCAAGAAGUACUACUUUACUAUACAAUCAAAAGAUGUAUGUGGACGUUAUGGACCGUUUUGUGAUAUACAAUCAAUUACUUUAAUUUCUCUGGAAAACUCAUAAGCUACCUCAAUAACUGUUACACGGUUGUUUCAAUUUGAAAUAUUGUAUUUUUACUUGUAAACAAUCCAGAGCCAAGGAAUUAAUUGUACCACAGACUGUAUUCACUCAGUUCUGUUUCUUAUCUAUCAUGCCAACUAUCAGUUAUUUAUAUUCUGAGCAUUGUUCUAUACAUUUUGUAAGUUGUUUCUAAUAACUUGACACUGAGAAUUCUGUUUAUAAAACUAAUUUCAGUUCUGUGUUUAGUUUAGUUAUUUUCCUUCUCAAUCCUUCCCCUCCCAUUCCUUUCAUGUAGGAUGUACUUGGGACAUAAAGGAAUAAAAGUUUCUACUUGGUAACUAUGAAUUGUGAUGACGAUCAUGAGAUUAGAAAUCUAAUAUGUCAUGAAUUUUUUGUGGUGUUCUGCUCACCCUUUUUGUAUUUUUGGGGGAAGAUAGUGGGUUUUUUGUGUUCCAUUUCCUUCACUAAAUGGUGCACAAGCUUUCGGAAGGUUUUAGUUCUUGUACUUGUGUACCCCUACAGUACUACAGGAGCAUCUCCAUUAUUCUGAAGCCUCUGAAAAAUGCUUGUAAGGAUGAAAGUCUCUGUAGUGGGGAUGAUGAUAAUACAGGAACUAUAGUGUUUAAAUACUACCAUCACCUGAGACAAUCAGCUGGACCAUUAUCUUUUUAGAGAUGCUGCAUUGUAAAGGAACACCAAGUGAGGUUGUUUCAUUGUCACCCAUUUUGGGCAAGAAUUAAGUUUCUGGGGAAGUUGAUUAAAGUGUUUAUAAAUAAAUGUUUUCCAGUGCUGUAUAA